AUAAUAAGCGUUACAGAAAAGGAAAAUGUUUCGAAAACUCUUACCACAUCUGAGAACAGCUAAUCUGUAUCAUAAUAGCUGGAAGAAUUAUCUCAGUUGUCAAAGAUACUAUAGAGGUAGAUGGACACCUCUAGCUCGGAGACCAACCUUUGGCGAAAUGAUUGAUCAUAUGAUGCCCAACAAUCUUUACCAAGUAAUGGAUAGAAAUAUGAGAGAAAUGGAACAAUUUCUGACAGAGUGGUCAAGAAGGUCUGAAAGGAAUUUUGAAGUGUUUGAUAAAAGAUUCUCUUCUCAAUGCGUGGCCAACGAGUCGAUAACCCACAACGAUAAGGUUUUUGAAGUUAAAUUGGACGUAAAGCACUUUGCCCCUGAAGAGCUGCAUAUCAAGGUUGUUGGAAAUCGAAUUAAGGUUGCGGGAGAAGUUAACAAAACUGAGGAGAAUGGCUCGUACGUUCAGAGAACAUAUUUAAAAGAACUCACAAUUCCGGAGAAUGUUAAUGAAGCAUCAUUAGAAACGAUGCUAUCAGAUGGAAUAUUAGUUAUAAGGGGUGAAGUAGAUCCAAAAUUAACGAAUGGAAGAACUCUAAAUAUCAAAACGGAAGAGUCGACUCCAGAAACUGAAACAUCACCCGAGAAGAAUGAGAAAUGA